CAGCAACAGCACCAACUUUUUUAAUGAAGAUGGACGACUGAAGAAAUAUUGGUAAAAGUUCCACGAAGGAGAGAAAAUGGAUAUUGUUAACCCUCUGAUCGUUGCUGUUGGAGGAAGAAGAUACAGAAAACUGUACGUUGCCACCGAUGACAACAGUACCAAUUAUUCUAAAAAUCCUUUAAAUGAAAUUUGUGCGCAAGCUCAAUGGGAAGAUGAGCAAUGUGAUGAUGAAGAAUUUCUUUCUGUGCGAAAAACUGCUGAUGGUUAUAUUGCCUAUUGCACUGAUAUCCCAAGCUAUUAUUUUAAGUUCAUCUGUGGCAGGAAGAAUGAAAGCAAGAGCAGAAUAGAAAAAGAGACAAAAACACAUGUUAGCAUUCCACGGCCGGGUAGAGAAGGAGAUGUAGUUAUCACUGGUCCAGAGAGAAGUGGUGUUUUGUCAGCAAGAUCAAGAGUCAACCUUAUUGUUGAAUCUGCAAGAGGCAGGGCCAGACCUACCCAUUUUAUCUCAAUACCUCUUGCAUGCGCUGCUACAAAAGAGAAUUUUGAAGAUUUCAAAAGUACUGUGCUCCAGGACUGCAGAGAUUGCAAAGGAUUUAGUGAAGAAAUCAUUCAGGUUCCAGAGAAGCUUCACAUUACUAUGGGUGUGAUGGCUCUUAUGAGUGAGCAGGAAAUUGGUAAGGCAGCUGUUUUAUUAAAAGAUCUUCAGGAUGACAUUCAAAAAGAAUUUGUCAAUGGCAGACCCCUGCGAGUGGUUCUUAACGGAAUAGAAUGCAUGAAUGACGACCCUUCCCAAGUGGUCGUGUUAUAUGCCAAAGUCAAAUUAGACGAUGGGACAGACAGGUUGCAAAGAUUAGCAGACUUUAUUGUGGAUCGUUUCUCAUCAGCUGGGUUAAUGCGAAAAGAGUACGAUAAAGUCAAACUUCAUGCGACGGUCAUCAACACUAAUUUCAUUUCUGCUGAGAAGGAGACGAAUGAUAUCAAAACUGAUGGUUCUCAGAGCAAAACUAGAAGAAAGGUUCAAUUUUUCGAUGCAAGAAAACUUUUUCAGAUUUGCGACAACUUCAACUUUGGCAUGGUCGAUGUCACGUCCCUUCAUUUGUCAAAACGAGGACAGUAUGGACCUGAUGGGUUUUACCACUCUGAAGCACAAAUUGAGAUAUAAAACUUUUAACUGGAAUUGAUAUAAAGUAUGUACAGAGUCGUCCUUGGUGCAGUUGGAAGCUUGAAGUAUGCGAAUUAGAACGAAUUGGCCACCAAAACUCCACUUUGUUGUUGCUUUAUCGUUCUGUGAUGAUAUGUGGCUGCUAUUGUAAGGCUAGACUGUAGAGCUUUAAUUUGCAAAAUAGGUGCAAAAAUUGCUUUAAAUACUUAACUGGCAUCGCCAUAUCGAUCUCGCAAUUUCAUCACUUUGUUGAGCACACCCUAGUGGCCAGUUGUGCCAUUAAUUACUUGUUUUUGUACAAAUGUUUAAGUACUUUAAUUGAAAUAUAUUAAUGAUGACAGAGGCAUCAAAUGUGGCAUGAAAAGGCUGCAAUUAAGGGAAAAGCUGCUUGUUUACAUGAUCCAAAACGAACAAUUUACUAAAUACGUUAUCAUCAGUUAUAUGAAUACUUUCGGGAAGGAACCCUUUGGCGGGAGCUUUCGUGUUUACGCAUUUGUGUCCAAAUUUCGCGAAAGUUUAUGCCGCGAAGUUUCCCAUUUUCCGAUUAAUAAAAACCAAAAUACUUUUCAGUCAAACUUGUAACUUCAAGUUUGCAAAGGAAUACAUUUACCCAGUAGCUACCAAAAUUGCAAGAAGUAUCCUAACCGAAGCGAAAUUGUUUACCUAACGGGGGAUCGGCUAUUUCAGGGGGCAUCAAACGAAUUUUCUGUAAUUUGCUAAUCCGUUUAGAGAAGAUUGGAGCGAUUUCCAUUUACCCUUCAUUGCAAGUCGGUCCUACAGAUAUGCAAAACAAUUAUAAUCUUAAAAAGUUUCCCAUACAAGUCUAUUUGCUCUACUUCUACCAGCUGUACGUGAACAGAGGAGCUGAAUAUGGGUUAGCUACUCUUUCAAAUGUCAAAUGUCCUCAGAACGUCGUCAGUUGGAUCAAGGCAAGGUUAAGCAAUGCUGUGGAAGAGGAUUUCCACCUGACAGAACAUUGCAGAAAUACACUACUAGUGAUUUAUAAGAGAUUCCAUUGUACAACAUCGACCUAUUCCUCUGCAUAGUUUCGUAUUAAUGCAUAAAGUGAUAAAUAUUUUAUGUCAGUUCUUUUCAGAACAGUUAAAACAGCCAGUUUAAUUACUACCAUUCAUUGUUUUGCCGAUACACAGAUUAGUCUAUGCAAGAA